CUCGCAAGAUUCGUCGUGACAAAACGAGUUUACAACAUGUGCUUUCGAAAAAGAAAGAACAUGAGUGUGUUUGAUUAUCCAACAAUCGUCGACGUCGGACCUUAAUUUUUGUGAUAUUUUUAACAGUCUAAUUUUCGAUAAUAUGACUGGAACAAUGUUGUUGGAAUAUGAAGUGUAAUUACUGCAACUAAAUUUAUUAUAUUGUUAUCAAAAGAGAUACACGUGAAUAUGUGAAAGGAAGUGAAAUUUAUUGCCGCUGUGCUAGAAAUCUUUUGUUAGCCAUGCGAAAAGAGUUUUUAGAACGCGUUUUUAGAAUCUAUCUUAAAUCUACCAUAUCUUAAACCUACAUUCUAAAUCUGAUUUCAAAAAAUUAAUCACGACAAGAAAAAAUUUGAUUCAAACGCAGCGAACAGAAUUAUACGUUAAUCAUGUCAAAUAUGUAGCACACGUUUAUUUGAUGGACAAGUCCCGUCCGAUUGGAAAUGAUUCGAAAAUACAGACGCAGAUAUCAUGUUGAAGUUUGCAAUAAAUUUCAAUUCGAAUAAAAAUAAAGUGACAACUCGAAAAUUAAUCAAUAGUUACAAAAAUGUGAACUCCAUAUGUGUAAAAAAAGUAACUCCUCGAUCCGCGCGUGAGGCAGCGGAAGCUACGAAGUGAAAAGUUCCAACGACAGCCGCGAAAGAGCAGUCGUUCCCUUCGCAUCCGGUUCUGACGGCAGCCGGAAAAAUUAUUUUUACUUCAAUCGCGAGUGUGUGUGUGCUUCGUCGCAGUUGUCGCCGCGUGUUGUGCUUCGAACUUACUAUUGUGAGCUUCUUAAAGAUUACAUUCUGCAAUAUUUUUCUACGACUUCUCAGUGGUGAUUUUGUCUGUAUACGUCACAAGACUUUGAGGCACAGCGCGGUAUUUUUCUCACAAAAAAAAAACGAUUACCUAAGUUCCCAUAAAUUACAAUAAAUUUGACUUGUGAUUAAUUUGGACGGAGUGCUUUAUUCUCGUGAAUAUUAAAUUGUUAUCGCAAAAUGGAAUUUUAAGAUUUAAUUAAACUGCUUUAAUAAUAGCAUUAAUAAAUUUGGUGAUAAUUUUUGGAGCAUUAAACUUGAUGCGUUGUGGAAUCAACAAACGCGAGGCAGAUGUCCAAAAUGUUGCGAAUAGAGUUGGUGGGGCUUCUGCUGUUGGCCUGCACGCAAAUUCUCACGGAGCAUCGUAACUUCUUUUAUGAAUCAGGAGAUCAAUACCACUACUAUCAACGAUUUUAUGGCCUCCAGGAAGAUGUAAGAGAAGUUAACCUGACGAAAUAUGGCCUAUUACGUGGCAUGGUGAUCCGACCCUAUUUAAAAACCAAUCAUAUGUUGCAGCGAGUUGACGUCUUUCUUGGAGUUCCUUACGCGGAGCCUCCCGUGGGAUCUUGGAGAUUUUCUCCGCCUCGCUCACCGCAACCGUGGGGGAAGCGGGAGUCGCAGGAAUUCGCUCCAGUUUGCCCGCAAGUCUUGCCAAAUCUUGGAGAGGAAGUAAAUCCGGACAGGUACGAGUAUCUGGAGAGGCUCUUGCCUUAUCUGAGGAACCAGAGCGAGGACUGUCUGUACCUCAACAUCUACGCUCCUCAUCAGACCGAAGGUCAGAAAAAUCCGAGGUAUCCGGUUAUGGUGUUUAUCCAAGGUGAAAGUUUCGACUGGAAUAGUGGUAAUCCUUAUGAUGGCACUAUAUUGGCGGCUUACGGCAACGUUAUUUUUGUUACAAUUAAUUUUCGACUUGGUAUCCUAGGUUUCCUGAGACCUGGACUUAGAGACGAUACAGAAAGCAAUUUCGGACUGUUAGAUCAAGCAGCGGCAUUAUAUUGGAUAAAGGAAAACAUCGCGGAAUUUGGCGGCGACCCUAAUAGAGUUACUUUGAUCGGCCACGGAACCGGGGCUAUCUUUGCUAAUCUACUUCUAAUCAGUCCAUAUGCCACCGAUAAAAAGAUGUUUAAACGGGCUAUUCUCAUGUCUGGAUCAGCAAUGAGCGCGGACGCCUUCGGCAAGGCGCCAUUGCAAAUUACCCAGAAGGUGGCGCACGCUCUCCUCUGUUCCGACACCGACGACACCAAACUGGCGCUCUGCUUGCGCAACCAGGACGUAGACAGGCUGCUACACGUGGACGAGCAAUUCGAGGACAAGCCGAAAUACGUGCCGGCCUACGCACCGUUGAUCGGAUCGCCUAACAGCAAUGUCCUCAACAAUAAGCCGCUCAAUUUAAUGAAGAAUAUCGAGCUUUUUGGCAGGUUCGAUCUGAUGUACGGUGUAACGGAAUCCGAGAAAUUUCACAUCCUGCCAUCUGUUGCUUUGUUACACGGCAUUUCUGAUGGACAACGAGAUGAAAUCCUGCAAGACUAUGCCAAAGCGACGCUCGAGCUGGAACCGGAGCGCCGAAUCUUAUCAAAAGUGUUGGAACAAUAUGGCGCUUUUUCGAAUAGAUUCACGAGCGAGUACGCCAUGAAGAAUCGGGACAUGGUGCUGGAGGCUCUCUCCGAUAGCGGCACCGUGGCGCCGUUAAUAAUGACUGCCAAUUUGCAUUCAAGGGCGAACCCGAAGAGCUACAUGUACGUCUUCUCGCAUCCGAAAGCUAUGCAAGACUACUCUGGCCAACAACGUCAACACUCAGUAUACGGAGAGGAGUUGCCCUAUGUACUGGGUGUCCCAUUAGACGGCAGAGAGUACAACUUAUGGGGGGGUCGAUACGACAUCAGGGAGAUGCUGUUUUCAGAGGCCAUUAUGAAUUGGUGGUGCAGCUUCGCCUAUAGCGGGAAUCCCAACAUCGUGAAGCGAUAUCCCAGCCGGCCUAACAUGUCCAAGGAAUGGAAUCAAUACGAAAUCGAGUGGCCAGAAUAUGAUCCUGUCAAUCAAACGUAUUUCAAUCUGACCAUGCCGCCUAACGUAGGUGCACACUAUCGUUCGGCGGAGAUGCAGUUCUGGAAUGAAGACCUGCCCAAUCUGCUCAGGCACCCGAAUAAAGACAUCUCGAGCCCGAUACGACCGAGAAGACCGCAGAUGCCUGACUUUGCCAUCAGGAUUGGCAAAUAUGCCAACAAUACCGCCAACCAGAAGUAUGAAAGGUACGAUACUAGGUAUACGUCUCCGUCUAGCAUCACGGAUACUAGCACGGAGAAGCCAUUUUCCACUGUGGUUACAACGGGUGGAAGUGCCGGAGAGGGUUCCACGAUAGAGCCGAGCACGUUAAGGACCUCGUCGGCAAUGAUGAUAGUGAUUGUCUUCUUCGUGGUGUUUAUACUGAUAAAUUUCACAGCCUUCCUAUACAUCUAUUAUAAGAAGCAGAACAUGAAGGUAAAAGAGAAAUCGUUGAAGAGGCGAGGCAGCGAGAAGAAAAACGACUCAGUCAAGAGGUCGAAGACUGAUAAACAUGAGAACCAUUACGGCCAGCUGGGCUACAAAAGCGACAGCAAGCCAGAUUUGAACGAUGUGAUAAAGAACGACAAGGCGUACGACAACAACUCCAACUUUGGGCGCAGAUCGAAGCUAUCGACGCAGAAUUCCAGCUCCACCAUUGAUACUCAUAUCAAGGUUAGAGAAUGGAUCCAGCAGGAGAUUGUGCAUAGAUGUUCACCGAGGUUUUUACGUAAAACGCGGGAAACAUUGCAAAAGGAGCAUCAGGAGAAAUUGAGCAAGCAGCAAGAAGAAGAGAAGCAACGCAUAGAGGAAGAAACGUUAAAGGAGAGGAAGGAGGAGCCGAUAUACGAUGAGAGUCCGGCGUUGGUUGUGCGCCCUGGAAAAAAGUCACGGAAAUUGCCAAAAAUUUCGGUGGCUAUUGACGCCACGCCAGCGGCCAGAACAGAGUCGAUUCUGAAUCAAGUGCCGAUCGAGUUAUCAAAGAGUAUCGAAGCGGCAAAUGAAUACGAACUGAGCCCGCAGCAAUUGAUGACUCCUGAAGUAGUUGUUAUAGAGCACCAUCAUUCUAGGAGCGAUCCUCUGCCAAUGGAGAACGUUUUGAAAACAAUGAAGCCGAAUUUCUCCACUCCCAGGAUCUACGAGUCGGAUUCGGGAAGCGGGAGCAGUCUGUACGCCAAGAUUAACCCUAAACUGAAGUCUCGUUUGCCUCGUCCUGGUCUGGCAGCAAGCACGGAAGCGCCUUUAGUUGAACAAUCGAAUUACGAAAAUCUUCACAACGAAGAGAUCUACGUGAAGACCGGACCAAUUUUAACGACCUUUGGCACGAGCGACGUAAAUGUCACGUGUCGCGAACCAACCAUGGAAAGAAAAUGCAUCAGCCCUGAAGAGGCGUUAAAGACAAUAAAACGUCGAAAUUAUCCCAAAGUGCUGCCGGAUAUCGAGAAGAGACGAUCACUUCCGGCGCCGAGUAGCCUUUUCAUACCGAAACAGUACGCGAAUUCAUUAAAAGAUUACAAGAGCAAUCGUGCAAAUUUCUUUUGGAAUCAACCACCGUUGCCUCCUCCGAGAAUAUUCGGAGCCUCCAAAAGUCUAGAGAAGAGCGGUUUCUUUGCUGAGGAAAACGAAAGCCAGAUCGAGGGCGAGCCGAUCACGACAAACCUGCACGUGGGUCCGUUACUAAAAAAACCGGACUCGGCAAGAAAUAACUCCGAUCCUAACAUUAUCGAUUCCUUGGAAGGAAAUAGAGGUGUCCAGGCUGGCGGAAGUGUGGAUACUAUUUAUGCUAAUCCAAAGUGUCCGCUUCAUGGGAGUCAAUAUCCCUUCUCGCCGACCUCGCAGAGUGUCGAUGACGAUAUCGGCAGGUCUUCCGGGCUUUUGGACGUGGGCAACCCAAAUUGGUACAAGCCGGCAGCGAGCGAAUCGUCAGCCAUAAUGACGUCGACCGCAUCGGAACCGCAAAUCGUGAUCGGCAAGGACGAGAGAGGCAUCAUUGACGCCACGGUGGAACCAAAGAUCGUGAUCACGCCAAGAGUGGUUAAUCAAUGCCAAGUAAAUCAGCAGCCAAGUCCAACAGCGCGUUCCGAGGAUAAGAUCGAGCACGAACUUAAAACGAUUGACCCGGCGAGAAAUGGAGGAUCGUCGGAAAGUUCCUAUACUUCCGGCAGUUCGAUAAUUUCGAGAGAGACGGAAAGAAGGGAGCCGCGGAUAAUCAUCACGGCACGAGAACCGAAGAAUUGUGCCCCGGUGAGCGGUCUAAAACAACCGAAGAUCAUCAUAAAGCCGACGGCGACUCUGCCGAGGAGCAGGGAUCAGAGGAAUAUACCGAAGGUGUCAGCCAUACCGUCGCCGGAACAGCAGAAUUGUCAGAACAGCGAGCGAGAUAGGGCGCUGGAGCAAAGGGAAAAGCCGUCCCUGAGGGAGAAGCCGAGGGUUACGAGGAUCCCGUCGUUUUCACGCAGGAGGGAGGAGCCUGGUAUUGAAAAGCCGUCGUACGUAGAGAAGACAGAAAUCGCGCCGAGAGUGGAGGCGCCGGCCAGUAAAAUCACAAACGCGCCAUCGACAUUCGAUGCCAAGUCAGGCAUACCGACGCCGACGUCGCCGACGCCGACGACAAUGAUGAUGCCGAAGAGCGAGAAGACCCCCAGCAGCACGGACUCGUCGUCCGCCAGCAACGGGAAUUCCACUAACUCGAAUACCGGUACGAUCAAACGGAAGCCGGCGAACAAGAAAUAAUUGGCGGGAGCCAAUUCGAGAGAGCCGCGUGUUAUAUCCCGUCCUCUAUUUCGCAAACGCGUAGAUGGAAUGCAGAUGGGUCCCUACCAUUCCGGCCAAGUGUCGAUGCAGUGUCCUGAUGGCGCCCAAUCUCUUCCACGAUACAUUCACAAGUGUGUGCGUAUUCGUAAUAGUAACAAAAUUAACGAAAUCCUAUUUUCUUUUCACAUUUCAUUUAAAUUUAUUUUAAAUCGUUUUUCUUUUUAAAUUUCUUAUUUAUAUGAUUUUGAAUCCGCCAAAGUAAUAAUUCAUAAGAUUAUUCUCUUUAGAAUUAGUAUUAUUUAUUACUAUUCUAGAUAUAGACGUUGUAACGAGACGUGUGUUAAACUACUAUUUUAGCGACGCUAGCGCAUUUUAUCCAAGGUAACCUUCUUUAUUAUCAAUUGAAUUAUGCUAUUUUUCUAUGACUAUAAUAAGAAUUACGCGACAGACACACACAUGAUCCAAUUGUAUAUCAUGUAAAUAAUAAUGCUGUGAAAGUUUAAGACUUUAAACAGCGUGACAAUAUUUUUAAGAUUUAAACCAGCUGAAGUGAUGCAUGCAUGUCCAUAUAAAAUGUUAAGAUCGCUUUCGUUGCGUUGCCAAUCGCAUUCGAACGAUCUUAAAAUCAGUUAAAUAUGAUCGAUUAGACGUCGUGAGUAGAUGUUAAUAACUUUUCAAGGCACAUUCGCUCUUUUGUACACCUAUAACUUUAUACGAUGAAAAUAAAUGUUUUUUCGUACUUUUU